GUGCCCUAUUUGGAAAGUAAACAUGCCAUAGCAAUCCUGGCACCUCUGCGAAGUGACUUGGAUACACACGUGCACCACCUACAGUGCUACCUGAGUGAUGAAUGUCUCUGGGAUGUGAGCGUCAGCUGAGCAUGUCUGUUGGGAAAUGGGCCCCUCCCAAGGGCCCCAACCUGACCCUCUUUGAUAUAUAAAAGGUUCUGGCUGGGCACUGCUCAAUCCAUUGCCUAGCAGGUGGCUCAUUCCAGUUGGAGAACAUAGAGAGUCUUCCAGCGGAGCCAAGGUCUGGUUCGUCGUGAGGAGCUCCGCGAUGUCUUCUCAGCAGAGCGCCGCUUCCGCCAAAGGCUUUUCCAAGGGGUCGUCCCAGGGCCCGGCUCCGUGCCCAGCCCCGGCGCCCACCCCGGCGCCCGCCUCCUCCUCCUCCUGCUGCGGGGGCGGCUGCUGCGGCUCGGACGGGGGCUGCUGCGGCUCCGACGGGGGCUGCUGUGGCUCCAGCUCCACCAGCUGCUGCUGCUUCCCAAGGAGGCGCCGCCGGCAGCGGAGUCGCGGCUGCUGCUGCUGCGGGGGCGGCAGCCAGAGGUCCCAGCGCUCCAACAACCAGGGCUCUGGCUGCUGCUCCGGCUGCUGAGGGGCCCGCAGCACCCUGCGCUGCGCUAGACAAACCCGCCCAGCCCUGAGCGGGCCCGCCCCGCCGUGGCUCCCACGCGGGGCUGGGCCUCGGAGUUUGCCCCGUAAAGCGAAUUGCACUUUGAUGUUCAGAAAUCCACUCUGUUCUCAGCCACGGAAGACUCCCUGACCCUCAUGUGAUUUUUCUCCCUGGGGAUUCGAGAGCCGUGGGUGGGACAUUGGACCCUACUGUCUGCACGGGUUUGCAUACAGCAGGUGCUCGGUAAAUGUCUACUGGUUCCAUUGUCCUCUGAAGAUGUCAUAAUAAAGCUUCUACCUCCUGAGAA